GCAGAAAAACAACAUUGGGGAACUGCAAAGGGAAGAGCUGGAGGAUACUACCAAGAUGGAGGAGUGUGAGAGCCUGGACUCGGAGAUGACAGAUCUACAGGAGUUUCAGUGUGAGGCUUCAGAGGCCAUCAGCCAGGAUGAUGAAGACGAGGUGGAGGAACUGCAAAACAGUCUGCGAGAGGUUGUGCAGGACCAUUCUGUGAAGCCCAAACUCCAGUGCCUGAUGGUGGAUCCAUCGUUCUCCAUGGUAACUGUUCAGAGCGAGGAUAGUGGUAUUGUUUGGGAGACGGCCUCUAGCCGCUGCUCUACCCCCUGGGCCUCUGAGACCAGCUCCAUCUCCGAAGCCUACAGUAUGGAGGGCUCUGGAGCGGCAGGAAAGAUCACCAUUGUCUUUGAUGAGGAGAAAAUAGUCCGCAGGAGGACGAGGUCUGGAGGAAGGAGCAGCAGGCUGGGGGACAGGCUGAGCCGACCUGGUAGUUCAAGAUCGGCUUCAGCUCUGGGAGUGGAGAGACCGGAGAUGGCGGAGGUUUCUCUUCCUAAUGUCAAACAGGAGAAAGCCGAAACAGAGCCGGACAUGGAGGAAAUCAAAAACAAAGAUCAGCAGCUGUUUAGUUUGAUUUCAGAGGGUUAUGAGAUUCUCAACAUCAGAGUCCCCUCUAAACUUCCCACUGUGGAUGAGGAGGAGAGUACAGAGCUGCAGGACAAUUUGUCUUAUUUGGACGAGACUCCGAAGAUCAGGUCCCGAAACCACCAUGACUGGACACAGCAAAAGAAUCAUGUCCUGCCAGAGGAGGGGGUAAUACUGGAUCACCAAGAGCCCUCAGAGCAAGACUCUCAGCUGUCAGCGGUCACAGAGCUCAGACACACGCCCAGUCAGAAAGAGAGCACCAGCGACAUAGACUACUUCGAGAAGUUUACCCUGCUUGAUGAGGUGGUUCCUGGGGAACAAGCUCCAGAGCUGCAGGAGGAGGCAGAACAUCCUGUAGCAAAGCCCCAAGUAGAGGAGCAAAAGCCUGAUAAGGAGAAAGCCACAGACAGCCCCUCUGCAUCAGAAGACUCCUUUGUCUUUGUUACAGAUGUGGAGCUAGUCGAGGAACACCUGGAUGAGGUCUUCUAUGGAGAAGGAGCUCCUGCUGAGGCACUGCAGCGGAGGGAUGAUAAUGAGGCGGAGGGUGGAGCAGGGAUGAGAAUGAGACGAGAAAGCCAGAGAUCUGGGAAGGAGAGUGGUUCAGUGUUGUUUGGGAGUGAAGAGACCAUCCUCACGCCCAUCUUUAUCUCCCCUGGACCCCCUAAGAUUAUUGACCCCAUCCUGCUGGAGGAGCCCACCGCCAUGUCCUUCAUGUACUCAGACCUUUAUGAGGAUGCUGUAGGCGAGAGAAGGAAGAGCGACGAGGAAUACUCUGAGGCAGAGAGCGUGGCAUCGGAAAAGUCUUAUAAGAGACGUUUAUCAGAUUCAGAGGAAGCGCACGGGUACCUGGAGAAGUUUAUUUUGAAGGAUGAAACUCCCACAGUGGAGGUUCAACCAGAGUCAGCGGAGGAUAAGAUGGGGAGGAGGCUGUGGUCACAGAGUAAGUUUGAAAUGACAGGAUGUCUGACAAGAGUGGUCAAAGAAGAAGACGAGAACAAGACAAAGACAGAGGAAUCACAGACACAGGAGGUCAGUAUUGGAGAUAGGAGUGAAGAUUUAAAACAAGCAACAUUUGAAGAGAAAAGAGAAAUAAUUACAGAAACAGAAAUGGAGAGGGAGGAAAUACAACUAUCCAUGGUGACUGAGGAACAGGCUGUCAGAGAAGCCUCAGAGGAAUCUAUUCAGGACUCUAAACUGAGAGAGGAUCAGAUGGAGGAUCAAGAAGUGGAACAUGAGGUAAAGAGAGACCAGACUGAGCAUCCUGAGAGCAGCACUGAAAAAACAUUUCCUGAAACUCAACAGCUGGACAGUAAAGUAGAGAAAACAGAGGAGAGUGAGGACCAUCAGAGAGAAGUGCCAGCAAAAACAACUAGCAUUGGUGAAACUGAGCAGCCAUGUCAGACACAAGAAGUGGUAGAAAAAACAGCUCAGGUGGUUGCAAAUGUGACAGCGGCGACAGCUGUGAUAGCACCUGUAAGCAGUGAGGUGCCUCACAUCAUCACUAAAUCUGAACUACUGACAGAAACCAGUGAGAGGAGUUUGUCUGAGGAGGCAGCUACUGAGACUAAGAAAGUGGCUGCUGAUGAGAAAGUAGUAACUGAGGCCAUGGCAGAGGCCUCAGCUGAAGUGAAUGAACCUGAGACUGAAAGACAGGAAAUGCUCACCUCUACUGAAAUAGAGACGUCAGCUGAAACGUUGCUAUGUGAGGAAAAAGAAGCAGCAGAAGUUGUUCCUGAAGAUGUUGCACCUGUUGAGGUCAUCACUGACUGUGAUUCUGCAGUACACGCAGUAGUGGAGGUAAUUGAAAAAGCAGUGGAUGAAAAAGAGAUCCAAACUCAAGUUCAGAUUGAUCUUCAGGAGGUAACAAGUGUUGAAACAACAGAUGUUCAAACAGCAGCUCCUGAAGGAGAUGAAGAACAUGAAACUCUAACAGAGAAUACUGCAGUUGAGAGCCAGUUGCCUGGAUGUAUUACUGAAGCUGAUCAGGCGUCUGAGGUUAAAAUUGAGGUUUCAAGUGAAGUAACCAAGCCUGUAAUGCCAGAAGUAGUCGAGACAGAUAAGGAACAGCAUGAAAUUCUUGAGUCCAAGCAGCAUCAACAAGAGGAGUCAGUAACUGGCAGUGAGUCAGACAAAACAAAGCUGAUAUCUGAAGCCAAAGAUAAAACACCCACAGAGGACACUGGGACUGUUGUUCAGGAGAUGGUGAAUGUAUAUGAUGACUUAAUCCUCCUUGUCCCUAAAGGACAAGCUGUAGAGAUGGACAUAGAGAUCGGUCAGUGGUCAGAAAAGACUACAAGUGACACAGUAGCUCUCUCUGAACCUGACAGCACAUGUGAACGUCUCAUAGCACCUGACACCACCACAAUAUGCCCAGAGACUCUUGAGGCACCAAAAGAAGAAACAAUGACAAUGCCUCAACUGGAAGUAAAACCAAAAGUUGUUCUAAAGGAAGAAGCACUACCCAGAAAUGAGUUAGACAAUAGGUACUCUCCUCCUCCACCUGUGGCCAACACAGAGGAGCAGAAGGUGGAGUGGGACUUUGAGGAAGACAAGCGCGUCUUUUCCCCUCUGAGGAGCUUCACUCCCCUGGAGGAUUUGUCCGGGCUACACAAACAGGAUAUACAGUCAGAAGCAGCGGAUGUAGAACAAAAGGAAGAGAUGCACAAGGUGGAGGAUUCCCCAGAAACAAACAUUGUUAAAGAGGAUUCAAGUCCAGAGAUUAAUCUGCACAGAGAGGAUGUAGGACAAAAGAUGGAGCAAGAUGAGGCAGUUGCAGAGGCUCCAGAGGUGACUGCUGAGGAGCUUGAAUAUGAGGUAAUAUCUAAACAGGACGCAAAAGAGAUGCCGGAACCUGAAACACAAAGAGAUGCAGAGGAACCAAAACCUGAGCCUGGUCAGGAGAGAGAAGAGAGAAUGGAGAUGGAGGUGGAGAUGGAGAAGGAGGAGAAAGUAUUUGAUCUGUCCCCAGAGGAAGAGCUAAUUGAGGCUGAUUAUGAAAUCAUUGAUGCAGAGGAGGAGAGGCAAGCCCGGCUGGCUGCUGAGCUAGAGGGGAUGGACUGGUUCUGUCUCACCUGUGGAUGUCUGCUGUCGGAGGACGACUGUGUGUCUGGAGAGCAUCACAGCCAUGAGGUGACUGGUGUGGACAAGGCCUACAAGGAAAUCAAGGAGAAGCUGAGUGAGUGGAUCUCAGAGCUUCAGGGGAGGUCAGAGAACAUUGAGGACUUGGUCUCUGAGCUUGAAUUAGCCUACAACUCUGUAGAGGACCAGUGUGUGGAGAGCGAGGCAGCGAUGCAGGUGCAGAAUGAGGAGAUGAUGGCUCUGGUGAUGGAGCAGUACAACAACAUGUCUGUCAGCAUGGAAGAGGAGAAGAAGACCAAGCUGGAGCAGCUAUAUGACCAGAUUGUCUCCUUCCAGGAGAGCAUCGACUCCACCAAGGCCACACUGGAGACCACGGCCAGAGAGGCUGAGACUGAAGCACGGUCACCCGAAGACAUUCAUGCAAGGCUCAAAGCAGCUCUGGACUCAGCCAUGUCACUGGAGCUGGGUCCCAAGGGACUGCUGGUGUUCGAGGACUAUGCCAAGGGCAACACUUCCAGCUCUCACCCUGCACAGCGCAAGGGAAUCCCAGUGCCUCAGAGGCCUAAGCUGCAGCCUCAGGAGCCAGGCUCAGCCACCAGCACCAGUGUCACUGUUUACUGGAAAGUCAACCCUGGAGAUAUCAUAGACUGCUUCCAGGUCUACUGCAUGGAGGAUCCACAAGGAGCUGUGUCAGAGGAGUACCGUGUGACAGUGAAGGAGAGUUAUUGUGUCCUGGAGGAGCUGGAGCCCGACAAGACCUACAAGGUGUGGGUGAUGGCUGUCAACUAUACAGGCUGCUCUCUGCCCAGCGAGAGGCUCGCCUUCAGAACUGCUCCAUCAGUGCCAAUGAUUGAUACAGAGCGCUGUACUGUCAUGUGGGAUUCAGCCACGCUGCGGUGGAGCUCAACAAAACAGACUUCAGAACAGAGUUACACCUUGGAGUACUGCCACCAGUAUGAACUGGAGGGAGAGGGGCUCAGGUCCAUCUCAGGUAUCAAAAGCUGUGAACAGAGGGUUCUCCUGCAGCCCAAUGUGAAUUAUCUGUUUUACAUCAAAGCUGUGAAUGAGGCUGGAGCCAGCGAACAAAGCGAGGCUGCACUCAUUUCCACCAAAGGGACAAGGUUCCACCUGCUGAAAGCCUCAGCUCACCCAGCUCUGGAGCUGUCAGUGGACCACACCACCCUGCACUACUCUCAGGAAACACAUGAAAACACACCAUCUACAGAUAAACAGUGUCCAUCCAUCUUGGGUGAGUUGUUGCCAGCACAAGGACAUUACUACUGGGAGACCAUUGUGUCAGGAAGCACAGCUUACAGGCUUGGAGUGGCAUACAGCACAGCCAAUAGAAACAGCCCACUGGGGGAAAAUAGCCUGUCAUGGUGUUUGCAGUGUAUCCCUACACCAUCAGGCUGCAGGUAUCAGUUGCUCCACAAUGACGUUCAGUCCAGUGUGUUUGUGAUUGAGAUACCUGAGCGAGUGGGUACUCUCCUGGAUUACCAGCUUGGUCGUCUAUCGUUCUACAAUGCCCAAAGUGGUCAGUUGUUAGGCACUUUCUGCCAGCAUUUCACCCAGCCAUGCCACCCUGCUCUGGCCAUGGAGAUGCCGGGCAGCCUGGAGGUCAGCAUGGUGCUGGAGGUGCCGGAGUUUAGCAAAGACAGCAAGCUCUAUCUGCCUCACACACACUGAGGAGUUUACUGUUCAUGUUGGACAUAUAUUGAUUUGAAUGAUCUUAAAAUGACCAUUAUUGCGAGAAAACUGCAGAUAUGACAGGACAUAAAGGACAUAAAAUAUACUGAUAUCCACAGGGAAUACAGAGGACAUACUGGCUCCCAUUCUUCUAAAGAGGCCUCAUUGAUGGGUUUGUGUUUUUUUAGUGAGAUCAAACCUAAUCAAUGUACUGCUUCAUUGCAAGUUUUUUUCUGAUUGAACAGGGGUUCAAUUUAACAUUUAAUCUUUUGGUAACGGAAAUUAAAUUGUAAAUAUAAAAAACAUGGGAAAGUGAAAAUGAUUGACGGUGUGAAAUACAACUGGAUUGAAAUUUAGUGCCUUGAACUUUUGUCACAGGUGAGUGUCUUGUAUUUUGUUUUGUGAAAGUGAAAUGUUGUGGAUCAUUUUGUAAAUUUGACCAUAACAUACACUGAUGUGAUAGUUUUGUAAAUGUUCUAUGAUUUACUCAUUUUCAGUUUUCUCCUCUUUAAGCCCUCACUGCUAGCUACUGUGAGUAAAGGGUCUGACUGCAUAUUGAAGUCAAACACACACUGUAUCAUUACUGAGAUAAACAAUAGUUAAGGCCUUUUGUCGACACAAAGUUCUUAGUUUAUAGCUCCAAGAAACAUAUUGUAGAACUUGAACUGUGUUUCAUAUUGUGAAUUUGUGUAAAUAACCUUUGUAAACAGAUGUGAUCACUCCCAUAUUUUGUUAUGUGCGACUCAUAGCAAGUGGAGAUUGAUUGUUUUCCUUUCCCUGUCUUGUAAACUGAUUUUCACGUCUGAGCUUAAUGAACAUGUUUAUUUUUCUAUUUGCA